AUGAUAACAAACACUCACCUGCCCUCCAGGCUUCUUCUUCUGCUCCAAUUUUUAUUUUUCCAGAUUUUGCUUUAUUUUGGCGGGUUCAGCCAAUCAACAGGGCAGAGCAGCUCGUCGCCACGACUCGUCAGGCGACAACGCCGUCGCCACCGGAAACCCAAAACACAGCAACGGAUGGAGAGGUCUGUGUCUCUCAGCAGUGUCACUGACUCCACCAUGUCUCUCAACGUGAUCACAGUAACUCUGAACACAGAGAGGUAUAACUUCCUGGGUAUCAGUAUCGUUGGUCAGAGUAAUGACCGAGGAGACGGAGGGAUUUAUAUCGGCUCCAUCAUGAAGGGAGGAGCUGUAGCCGCAGACACUCGCAUAGAGCCGGGAGACAUGCUACUACAGGUGAACGACAUCAACUUUGAGAACAUGAGUAACGACGACGCUGUCCGAGUCCUGAGAGAAAUCGUCCACAAACCAGGUCCGGUGACGUUAACGGUGGCAAAGUGUUGGGAUCCAAACCCCCGAGGCUGCUUCACGCUGCCGAGGAGCGAGCCGGUCCGUCCGAUCGACCCGGCUGCCUGGGUGUCCCACACCGCGGCCAUGACAGGCCGGCUCCCCCCCCACUACGACCUGCAGGAAGAAACCCAUCUCACCAUCCACAGCGACAUGACGGCUGUCGUCAAGGGGAUGGCCAAUCAGGAGUCGGGCCUCGAGGUUCGGGACCGCAUGUGGCUGAAGAUCACCAUCCCCAACGCCUUCAUUGGUUCUGAUGUGGUGGACUGGCUCCACCGUAACGUGGAGGGUUUCACCGACCGCCGGGAAGCUCGCAAGUACGCAGGAAACCUGCUGAAGGCCGGCUACAUCCGCCACACGGUCAACAAGGUCACCUUCUCUGAACAGUGCUACUACGUGUUCGGAGACCUCUGUGGAGAUCUAGGCGUGAUGACUCUGCAGGAUCUGGAAGAAGACUCCAGUCCACUGGGUCCGUCCCGGGCCCCCAGAGGACCCCCGCUGUCCCCCGGACCCCCAGAGGCCCCCCCUUCCCCCUACCUCCACACGGCUGGGGAAACAGGAAGCCAGCACAGCGAAGGAAGUGGCAGCAGCGGAUCAAACUGCAGCGAUGCUCAGAAGGCCGGAGGACGAGGGAGCCAAUCACAGCGCACCAAACAGGAACAGGAAGUGGUUGCGUCACCGGACAAACAGCCUGAGCCUCCUUCCCCUCCCCCCGCCUCCUUCCCUGGUCUCCAUGGUAACACAGACUCAAAGGAGGAGCUUCCCGCCGGGCGCCAGUCCUUCCGCCUCGCCGUGGGAAACCCCGGAGACUUCUUUGUGGACGUCAUGUGACCCUGUGAUGAUGUCACACCCUGUCAGGUGACGGAGGAACACAGACUGUAAGAAUAGGGACAAAGUCUGGGUGAUGGUCUGCUGAAACCUCUCCUGGUAUUUUAGGGAUUAGUGUCUAACUCGGCUACAUUACAGCGUGAUGUCUGAAACAGGACAGUCUAAUGUUUCUCUGUUUUAUGUCUCUUUCCCUCAGAAAUGGAUCCUAGAGGAAACUCUAGAAAGGCUUGAACAGCUGGAACUUCCCCUCUUUUAGCGAUUAGCUUAGCACAACAACAUGUCAUCCUCCCCAGCUCCAACCCCUCGUUAAAAACAGCCACAUCUGGCUCUAGAAACGGUUCCUCAAGUUCAGUAUAGUCACAGUCUCGGGUCCAGACCGCAUCCACCAGUUAGGAUCCAGAGCAGAUUCUGGUUCUGGUUUUAACUUGUGUGUUGUCUUCCCGUCAACGUUUUGUUUUUCUGGGUCAAAAUUUAAAAUUACAACUUCUUUGUUUUGGCAUCCGUGCAGUUUAGUGUCCCAAAUUCCACUAGGGCCAUGCCGAGACCCGCUCUACGAGGCAGCUCGACUGGUCCAGUUCAGUUUUAUUCAUAUAGCACGUUUAAAAACAACCAUAGUUGACCAAAGUACUUAACAAGCUCCAAAAAUCAAAGAGAUAACAUCCACAAACAAUACACACUAUAUAAUACAAAAUAAACAACAGUAGAAAAAGGUCAAGAUAUCAAAGCUCAACUUGAAUUGGGGUUAGGGUUACGGAUACGGGGAAUCUGGGACAUUAAACUUCACGUAUAACUUAUUUUUCCCAACGUUUUCAUUGUCUUUUUCAACACUUUUUUCCUGACGUUUUCGUCACUUAUUUUUAAAGGUUUUUCUCACAACAUUUUUGUAA